AUGAAGUUCACAACAACUCAAGCGCUCCUUGCGCUGGCACCACUGGCAUCUGCCUUCCCAGCUGCGGUGUACGAGGCUCUUCAGAACGACCCUGCCGUCCAGGCACGGACCGCAGAGAUCCUCGCUGAGCGACAGCUCUCCGCCGACUCUGCCACUGCUCUCUUCGAGGCCAACCCCACCUUCUCCGAGAGCCAACUCAUCGAUGUUGGACCAGGAAGCGGUCACGAGUACACGGCUCCAGGACCUAACGACAUCAGAGGUCCAUGCCCUGGCCUGAACGCCUUUGCCAACCAUGGCUUCCUCCCAAAGAGCGGUUAUGCGACGAUUACCCAGUUCAUCGACGUGACAACAAAUGUCGUCGGUAUGGGACCUAUCCUCGCAGCAUUCCUGGCUGUCCUCGGUGCAGUGCUCGAUGGCUCAGGCACCGCCUGGUCCAUUGGUGGCCCACCACCGGCAUCAGUCGGCGGACUUGCUUUGCUCGGUCGCGGCAACGGCUUGACUGGCUCGCAUAACAAGUACGAGUCAGAUGCAUCCCCAACGAAGCCUGAUCUCUACGAGAGCGGCAACAACUACGAGACCAUGGUCGACCAAUUCCAACAACUCAUCGACAUAUCCCCAGGCGGCUUCGUCGACCUCAACACCCUAGCCAAGCACCGCUCAAACCGCUUCGACACCCAAAUUAAGAACAACCCCUACUUCUUUAACGGCCCCUUCACCGGCGUGCUCGUCCAGCCUGCUGCCUACACGUUCAUCUACCGCUUCAUGGCAAACCACUCCGCAGAGAAUCCAGUGGGUGAGCUCAGCUACGACGUCAUCAAGGACUGGUUCGGCAUCACUGGCGAGUCCGGCAGCUUCGUCGCCAACCAAGGCCAGGAGCGCAUCCCUCUUAACUGGUAUCGUCGCUCCCUCACCGCUCCAUACGAGUCGACCUACUUCCUCGCAGACGCCGCUGCUGCCGGCGCUAUCUACCCCAAGUUCUUCAACGUUGGCGGUAACACUGGUACCAAGGACUCGUUCUCCGGCGUUGACGUCUCGGAUCUGAGCGGUGGUCUGUUCAACUCUGCUAGCUUGGCACAGGGUAACAACUUCGCUUGCUUUGCCAUGCAGUUUGCCGUCCAGGCUAAGCCUGAUAUUCUGCUUGGUCCUCUUACCCAGCUCACGAGCGCUCUCGGUUCGCUCACGAGCGCGCUUGCAUGCCCACAGCUUACGAGCAUUGAUGAGGCCCAGCUUGAGAGGUUCCCAGGUUACCAGAAGUCGACACAGGAUGGCAUUACGAAGUAG